AUGCCCGAUCCAUUGUGUUCAUUAGUGAUUCCCAUCAGAAAUCGUCUUCAUUCAUUAGUGAUUUCCAAAAAAGUCGUUAUCGAUGUUGGUUUUGCCUCUAGUUUCAUGCUGAUUUUGAACCGAUUACUAUAUUUUUCCAUGUCUGAUAGAAAACCUGCUGGAGCGGACAGGGGCCGAUCGAGUAUUGGUGGUAGCCGUAGUUCAAGUCAGUCAAACAGACCAAAUGGCAGUAAUACAGGAGGGGGUGGGAGCACAGGUGAUCUACAGAGUCAUAAAAAGGAAAUGAAGGGGUCUUCUGAAAGAAGUCACCAGAGGAAUGAACAUGGAAGUUCUGGAGGCGGUCGUGCAGGAAUGGGUAACAUGUGUCGUGCUGCUGCACUUCUGUGUGGCCAAGCAUUCACUGACAACGAACUGAUGUCAGAUCUUCCGAAGAAAAAAUUCACUGGUCGUUGUAGAUUAUUUGUUGGUAAUUUACCGAAUGAUUUAAAGGAAGACGAGUUGAAAGAAUUGUUUAGUCCCCAUGGCGAAAUCGCUGAAUGCUAUUUGAGCGGGAAAGGAUUCGCUUUUUUAAGAAUGGAUACCAGGGCACAUGCAGAGAGUGCCAAAGAGUCGGUUGAUGGGAAAUUGAUUCACGGCAGACCAGUGCGUGUUAGAUUUGCCGUUCAUGGUGCAGCUUUGAGAGUCAAAGAGCUUUCUGCAGCAGUCUCUAAUGAGCUGUUGUACCACGCUUUUUCCGCUUUCGGCGAAGUGGAAAGGGCGGUACAUAUAGUUGACGAGAAAGGGAAGCCUACAGGGGAAGGAAUCGUUGAGUUUGAGCGUAAAUUACCUGCACAAGAAGCUCUUCAUCAAAUCCGGGAUAAAGUUUUCCUACUCACGUCGAGCCCAAAACCGUUGGUUGUGGAGAUGUUGGAGCCGAAGGAUGAAGACGAUGGACUAGCAGAGCGAAUGAUUUCGCGGAGUCCCCAGUUGCAAAAGGAGCGUGAAUUGGGUCCCCGUUUCCCACCGGCUAACAGUUUCGAGUACGUUUUUGGUUUAAAAUGGAAAGAGCUUUAUGAGAUGGAAAGACAGCGUAGGAAUCAGCUUGAAGAAGAGCUCAAGGAGGCUCGUAGACGAUUGGAAGCUGAUAUGGAAAUCGCCUAUCAGGACUACCAAACACAAAUGCUUCAUCUUGUUAGACGCCAACGAGAACUUGAACGUCUUGAAGCUGCAAAGCGAGAGAGGAUGGCGCAGGUUGCUGCGCGUCGAGGUGAAAUUCCUUCUUCAGUUUUAUCAGGUGGCAUGGGGGGUUCCUCAGGUGGCCAGAUUGGUACACUACCUGUGGUUCCCCCUGCGGGUGGAACCCCGCGAGGGGAGUUUUUCGGUGCUGGCGGUGGCUCACCUUCCAUUAGACCGCCGCAAAGACCUUUUGGUGGACCUGCUGGUCCUGGCGGCGGUGACCGAGGACAAGAAAUCAUGGGCCGCAGUGGGCCUAUGGAUGGCCCACUAGGACGAAAUAUGGGGCCUCCGUUUCAACAGGGUCCGCCAAGUCAAAGUGGUCCACGUCCUUCUGGCUCAGCAGAUCCUAAUCUAGUGCAAGGUGUGCAAAAACUUUUACAAAUAUUCAGGAACGACCCUACUCCAAGACCAAUGCAGCCUGGGCCUCCGCAUGGUUACGGCGGACCGGGUUAUGGUCCGGGUGGGCCAAGUCCAGUGGGCCCUGGAGGGCCAGGUUUCAUUCCAGGUCCAGGUGGCCCUGGAGGGUUUCAUCGGGGCCCUCCAAUGAACGACUAUCAACCGCUUGAGAAGAGGAUGCGACGAUAG